AUGGCCUGCUGCUCCACUAGCUUCUGUGGAUUUCCCACCUGCUCCACCAGUGGGAACUGUGGCUCCAGCUGCUGCCAGCCCAGCGGUUGCCAGACCAGCUGCUGCCAGCCCAGCUGCCAGACCAGCUGCUGCCAGCCAACCUGCUGCCAGCCCAGCUGCGGUGGGACCAGCUGUGGCACUGGUGGUGGCCAGGAGGGUGGCUGCGGAGCUGUGAGCUGCCGAGUCAGGUGGUGCCGCCCUGACUGCCGUGUGGAGGACACCUGCCUGCCCCCCUGCUGUGUGGUGAGCUGUACGCCCCCAACCUGCUGCCAGCUGCACCAUGCCCAGGCCCCCUGCUGCCGCCCAUCCUACUGUGGACAGUCCUGCUGCCGCCCAGCCUGCUGCUGCUACUGCUGCCAGCCCACCUGUUGUGAGCCCACCUGCUGA